UACUCAAACAUUACUCAUAGAUAUGUAUUAUAAUAUAUGUGUGUGUUUUUUAAACUAAUUAUGGUGUAUGAGUAAGUGAGUGUGUCCACUUCAAAUCAUUACACAUACCUAUGUAAGUCUAUCUUUAAUAAAUAAUUUUUUGGUCGAACUAAAAAUGGCGAGUAGUUCUGCUAAGGGAAAAUUGUUUACAGUGUUGAGCAUCGAUGGAGGAGGAAUUAGGGGCAUAAUUCCAGCCACUCUUCUCGCCUUCAUUGAAUCCAAGCUUCAGGAAUUAGACGGAGCAAAUGCAAGAAUUGCAGAUUAUUUCGAUUUAAUAGCCGGAACAAGCACCGGUGGGUUAAUGACCACCAUGCUUACGGCUCCAAACAAGGACAACCGACCCAUGUACGCUGCCAAGGACAUCACCGACUUCUAUUUUCAACACUCUCCCAAAAUAUUCCCUCAACAAAGUCGAAGUAAGUGGUUCACACCAAUAUUAUUCAUGAUGCCAAGUUUAUUAAAUGGGACGAUUAUGGGGCCAAAGUACGACGGUCAGUACUUGAGGUUCCUUACGAACACGCUUCUGGGAGACCUCACUUUGAAACAGACUUUAACUAAUGUGCUCAUACCAACUUUCGAUAUAAAGCUUCUCCAACCUGUGAUUUUCACCACCAACCACGCAAAAGAAAAACCUUGGAAAAAUAUUAAUGCUCGACUAGCAGAUAUUUGCAUAGCCACAUCGGCGGCUCCCAUAUAUCUUCCAGCACACAGCUUUACUACUAAUGAUGAUCAUGGAAAUACUCGAACUUUCGAUCUAAUUGAUGGUGGUGUAGCUGCAAAUAAUCCUACAAUGCUGGCCAUAAGUCACAUUUCAAGAGAUAUAGCUAAGAAGUCAGAGUUGGAAGAGAUAGGAAUGAUAGAUGGAAAACAAAUGUUGGUACUCUCACUGGGCACAGGUGCACCCAAACAGGAAGCCAAGUACGACGCAGCCAUUGCCUCCAAAUGGGGGGCCUUUCACUGGAUGUAUAACAGUGGCAAAACUCCCCUGAUCGACAUUUAUAAUGAUGCAACUUCUGAUAUUGUCGAUUUUAAUGUCACUACUAUCUUCGGAUCAUUUCAUACCAAGAAAAACUAUCUUCGUGUUCAGGAUGACAACUUGAUGGGAGAUGAGGCUUCAGUUGACAUAUCAACGGAGGAGAAUAUGGAGAGACUUGUGGAGAUUGGAGAAAAGCUGUUGGAGAAGUCAGUUUCAAGGGUAAAUUUGGAUACUGGUAGGUAUGAAGUGAUCAAGGAAGAAGAAGGAGAAGGAACCAACGCAGAAGCUCUCUCCCGAUUUGCCAUACAACUCUCACAUCAAAGAAAGCUCAAACAAACCUCUCAUUUAUUGGAAAAAAUUGACUCUUAAUACCCUUCAUCAUAAUUAAUAUUGUUUCUUUAAAAAAAAUCAAGAAUAUAAUAAGUAAUUAACUUGGGACAUGCAUACAUAUAUUUUUUAUUUAUUUUUUGUGAAGGUUUAUAAAUGUUGUUAGGUUAAUUAAUGAUCAAUUUUAAUAAUUAAAAUUCGUAUGAAAUCUCUGAUAAUAAGAUUGGCUUUUAUCUAUUUCAAACUA